GAGGAAAGUGCACGCGGGUAAAACAAAUCCUUAUAAGAUCGCCAAGAACCGCAAUUUUUAGAGACGUGGACCAAAUAAGACCCUUUUGGGAAUGUAAUGUGGAUUAUUGCGCUUUGGGAUAUUUUUGUACGAAAACUAAGCUAGUGUGCCGUAGCCAGUGCAGAGAACUAUAUGGACUACAUUACCAACAAGGCACCAUGAAGACUGAGCUGGUUUCCCAAAAUAUCGAAAGAGUCCAACCUGGAGGACUUGUCUGGAUGAUUGAGACGAGUCUGUGUUAAGUCUGGGAAGAUACCUGCAAGAAAAGAACACCUCAGCAGAUACACACCACCUUAUCUGCCCUUGUCUUCUCAAGUUUGUCCAUUCCAGGAAACAAGAAAACAAACCUUGAUUGUCGCCAGACAGAGAUUGGAUUGUUGUGCAAUGUGAUUGGCCUUACAACUGUUAUUUAAGACUGUUCUCCCUCUCAAUUCCCUCUCCUCUUUACGGAUAUUUUGUAUUACUGCGUUGACGAUCUCACCUCUUCUCUAAUAUCUCUGGGCAUGCUGUGGGAUGUACUUUGGAUAUACUGACCUUUGAACCAAAGCAAAUUCAAUGAUUUCCUUCUGUUCAGGAUUAUAACCCCAAUCUCCAGCACUUUUACAAUGCAUUUCUUCAGAUUCCCAGUCCAGCUGCAACUGCUGCUCAGUACUGUGCUUGGGCCCUGCUUGGGCCUGGAGUUUACAGGGUCACAAGGCCAGUGGGCACGCUAUAUCCGCUGGGACGCCAGCACCAGAAGUGACCUCAGCUUCCAGUUCAAAACAGACGUGUCCACCGCCUUAAUCCUGUACUUUGAUGAUGGUGGCUACUGCGACUUUCUGCAACUUCUGGUGGUUGAAGGGAAGCUCCAGUUGCAGUUCAGCAUUGAUUGUGCUGAGACCACCAUCGUAUCGGACAAGCGAGUCAAUGACAGCAGCUGGCAUUCUGCCACCCUGAGCAGGUACAACCUGAGAACUGUGCUGGGUUUGGACGGAGUGGGCAAAUCGAGUGAGGUGCGGCCACAGAGGCAGUACAUGAAGAUCGUUAGUGACCUCUUCCUGGGUGGAGUCCCACAAGAUAUUCGUAUUUCUGUGCUCACUCUCCCAACAGUGAAGGAUCUUCCGCUGUUUAAGGGAAUUAUCAGGGAACUGAAGUAUAAUAACAAGGAACCUAUUCUACUGAGCAGCCAGAGGGUCCGAAUGGACAUGGAGGGAAUCUGCAUGGAGAACCCAUGUGAGAAUGGAGGGACAUGCUCCGUUGUUGACGGGGAACCACUAUGUGAUUGUUCAAAGACGGAAUAUGUUGGCCGAUUCUGCAGUGAAGAGGCCAACAGUAUCCCAGGUUUAGCACACAUGAUGAUGGCAGAUCAAGCCAAGGGCAAAGCACGAGAAGAGAAUGUGGCCACGUUCAGAGGUUCCGAAUACUUCUGCUACGACUUGUCUCAGAAUCCCAUCCAGAGCAGCAGUGAUGAGAUCACACUGUCCUUUAAGACCUGGCAAAGAAAUGGCCUUAUCCUUCACACCGGAAAAUCAGCCGACUAUGUCAACCUGGCAUUGAAAGAUGGGGCCGUUUCACUGGUCAUCAACUUGGGUUCUGGAGCCUUCGAAGCCAUUGUCGAACCUGUCAAUGGCAAAUUCAACGACAACACCUGGCACGACGUGAAAGUCACACGCAACCUCAGACAGGUGACAAUAUCAGUGGAUGGCAUCCUCACCACUACAGGCUACACUCAGGAGGAUUACACCAUGCUUGGCUCGGACGAUUUCUUUUAUGUUGGAGGAAGCCCAAGUACAGCAGAUUUACCUGGGUCACCUGUCAGCAACAACUUCAUGGGUUGCCUGAAAGAGGUUGUUUACAAAAACAAUGACAUCAGGCUGGAACUCUCCCGUCUCGCCCGUAUCGUGGACCCCAAAAUGAAGAUCCAGGGAGAUGUGGUGUUCAAGUGCGAGAAUGUGGCUACUCUGGAUCCUAUCUCGUUCGAGACGCCCGAGGCCUACAUCAGCCUGCCCAAGUGGAACACCAAGCGCAUGGGCUCCAUUUCAUUUGACUUCCGUACAACUGAACCAAAUGGCCUUAUUCUUUUUACCCAUGGAAAGCCCCAGGAACGAAAGGAUGCCCGGAGCCAGAAGAACACUAAAGUGGACUUCUUUGCAGUUGAGCUUCUAGAUGGGAGUUUGUAUCUUCUGCUGGACAUGGGAUCUGGGACUAUCAAAGUGAAAGCCACGCAGAACAAGGUGAACGACGGGGCCUGGUACCAUGUGGACAUCCAACGAGAUGGAAGAUCAGGCACCAUAUCUGUCAACAGCCGUCGCACUCCAUUCACUGCAAGUGGUGAAAACGAGAUCUUGGACCUGGAGGGGGACAUGUACCUGGGCGGUCUCCCCGACAUCCGGGGUGGCCUGAUCCUACCUACCGAGCUGUGGACAGCCAUGCUGAACUAUGGCUAUGUAGGCUGCAUUCGGGACUUGUUCAUCGAUGGCCGCAGUAAGGACAUCAGGCAGAUAGCUGAAGCCCAGAACGGAGCUGGAAUCAAGCCUUCCUGCAAUAAGAUGUCAGGGAAACAGUGUGACAGCUAUCCGUGCAAAAACAAAGGCAUUUGUAAAGAAGGAUGGAACCGUUUUAUCUGUGACUGUACGGGCACCGGAUACUGGUCGCGUACCUGUGAGAGGGAGGCGUCCAUCCUAAGCUAUGAUGGGAGCAUGUACAUGAAAGUGGUGAUGCCAACAGUGAUGCACACUGAAGCUGAGGACGUGUCCCUUCGCUUUAUGUCUCAGCGGGCGUAUGGCCUGCUCAUGGCCACCACCUCCCGUGACUCUGCCGAUACUCUUCGGCUGGAGCUGGACGGAAGUCGUGUCAAACUCACGGUCAACUUAGACUGUAUCAGGAUAAACUGUAACUCCAGCAAAGGACCAGAGACACUGUAUGCCGGACAAAAGCUCAAUGAUAAUGAAUGGCAUACUGUGCGUGUGAUCCGGAGAGGCAAAAGCUACAAGCUAAUGGUUGACGAUGACGUAGCAGAAGGUCAGAUGGUGGGGGACCACACCCGGUUAGAGUUCCACAACAUUGAGACGGGUGUGAUGACAGAACGCCGUUUCAUCUCCAUAAUUCCCUCCAGCUUCAUUGGUCACCUGCAGAGCCUCAAAUUCAAUGGCAUGCUCUACAUCGACCUGUGCAAGAACGGUGACAUCGACUACUGCGAGCUCAACGCCCGUUUCGGCAUGCGUUCCAUCAUUGCAGACCCUGUGACGUUCAAAUCCAAGAACAGUUACCUAAGUCUAGCCACCUUACAGGCUUACACAUCCAUGCACCUUUUCUUCCAGUUCAAAACAACCUCUCCAGAUGGAUUUAUCCUGUUCAACAGUGGAGAUGGAAGCGAUUUCAUCGCUGUAGAGCUGGUGAAAGGGUACAUACAUUAUGUGUUUGAUCUUGGAAAUGGCCCCAAUGUAAUCAAAGGCAACAGUGAAAGAGCUCUCCAUGACAACCAGUGGCAUAACGUUGUAAUAACUAGAGACAACAGUAACAUUCACACACUGAAAGUCGAUGCCAAGGCAGUGAGCCAAGUUGUCAACGGUGCAAAAAAUCUGGACUUAAAAGGUGACCUCUACAUUGCUGGAUUGGGACCCAACAUGUACAACAGCUUACCGAAACUGGUAGCAUCCAGGGACGGAUUCAAGGGUUGUUUGGCAUCUGUGGACCUGAACGGGCGCCUUCCUGACCUCAUAAAUGAUGCCCUGUUCCGCAGCGGUCAGAUCGAGCGAGGAUGUGAAGCAUCGAAAAGUGAACUUGGUUUCACCAAAGCAGAUCUACAAGGUCCUAGCACUACAUGCCAAGAAGACUCCUGUGCCAACAUGGGGAUCUGCAUCCAGCAAUGGGAGAACUACACCUGUGACUGCUCAAUGACCUCCUACACAGGAACGCAGUGUAAUGACCCUGGAACAACGUAUAUCUUUGGGAAAGGAGGAGGCCUCAUAACCUUUAACUGGCCGGCCAAUGAGCGCCCUAGCACCCGUACGGACAGGCUGACUGUGGGCUUCAGCACCUCGCUCAAGGAUGGCAUCCUGAUCCGCAUCGACAGUGCCCCCGGUCUGGGAGACUACCUCAUGCUCCACAUUGAGCAAGGCAAAAUCGGAGUCACAUUCAACAUCGGAACAGCUGACAUCGUUGUACAGGAGAGCAGCACUGCAGUAAAUGACGGCAAGUACCAUGUAGUGCGCUUCACCAGAAACGGGGGCAAUGCCACUCUUCAAGUGGACAACUGGGCCAUAAACGAGUACUUCCCCUCAGGUAACAGCGAUAAUGAGAGAAUUCAAAUGGCCAAUAAGAAAAUUCCUUUCAAAUAUGCCCGGCCCGUAGAGGAAUGGCUUCAGGAGAAAGGGCGGCAGCUAACAAUAUUCAACACCCAGGCCACAAUAACAAUUGGUGGUUCUGAUCACAAGAGGCCAUUUCAAGGCCAACUCUCCGGACUUUACUAUAAUGGCCUGAAAGUGCUCAACCUUGCUGCUCAGGGCAACCCUAACAUCAGAAUCAACGGGAGCGUUCGCCUGGUAGGCGAGGUUCCCUCUGCGGGUUCAGCCAAAACUACGGCCCUCCCCCCAGAGAUGUCCACCACCUUUAUUGAGACCACGACCACAAUGUCUACCACAACAACGAGAAAACACCGCACUCCACCAACAAUAGAGACCACGGACGACAUGGUCUCAUCGGCAGAAUGUUCCAGUGACGACGAGGACUUUGCUGAGUGCGAAGGACAUGCAGGUGGGCUAGGAGGUGAAUUAGUUAUCCCAGUACUUGUAAAGCACCCCUCAGAGCUCCCCUUUGUAGCUAGUCGUACACCCUCCAUCCCCUUUCCCCCAACCCUCCGCCCCCACCUCACCAUUAUUGAGACCACCAAAGAGUCCCUGUCCAUGGCCACUGAGGCGGGGGUACCUUGCUUGUUGGACCAAGGCAGCGAUGAUUGUGAUGAUGAUGAUGAUGAUGAUGGCUUGGUGAUAUCUGGGUUUGGCUCUGGGGAAGCAUACAACUCUAACCUGCCCCCUUCCGAUGAUGAAGAUUUUUACACCACCUUCUCCUUGGUAACAGAUAAGACCUUGUCUUCGUCGGCCUUUGAAGGUGGCUACAAAGCUCACACGCCUAAGUGGGGAUCCAAGGACUUUAGACCUAACAAAGUCUCCGAUUCUGGUAGGACUACUACCACCGCAUUUUCCCCUAAGCUGAGCCGCUCCACAACCACAUCCGUGCCACCCAAACUGCCUGCAGGCAAAAUGAAUCACAGAGAGCUAAAGCCCCAGCCUGACAUAGUCUUGCUGCCAUUGCCCACUUCCUAUGAGGUAGACAACCCAAAGCUGAAGAGCCCAUUAAUAACCUCCCCCAUGUUCCGUAAUGUACCCACAGCAAUCCCCACGGAGCCGGGCAUCAGGCGGGUUCCGGGGGCCUCCGAGGUGGUCCGUGAAUCUAGCAGCACCACCGGAAUGGUCGUCGGGAUAGUUGCAGCUGCCGCUUUAUGCAUCCUAAUUCUCCUGUACGCCAUGUAUAAGUACAGAAACAGGGACGAGGGAUCCUACCAAGUGGACGAGACCCGAAAUUACAUAACCAACUCAGCACAGAGUAAUGGAGCAGUCAUGAAGGACAAACAGCAGAGCUCAAAAAGCGGCAACAAGAAACAGAAAAACAAGGACAAGGAGUACUACGUGUGAGAUAUCGAGAGAGGCGUAGCAGAACAUUAAUCUGUUUUGGAACUGCACCGACAGAAGCCAAACCUUGGCGCUGUGCUGAGAUUGCGAACUCUGACAGGUGAAUUGUACCAUAAAGCACACUUAAGCAUACCGAGAAGGUAAAUAGCAACAUUAGUGACCUUAUUCCUCUAUCUGGUCGGAGAUGUUAUCAGUGUAGAAUAUUCCACAGCUACAUCAUAAUCCUAAGUGACUUUUAGAGGUAUGUGAUCCUUGGCGUAAAUCUUGUUUCCUUUUCUUUUAUCUUUUUUUUUUUCUUUUUGUAAUUCUGUAAAAAAACAUAAAGAGGAAAAAGUUAUAUCGGCCAUUUCAAGCAUGUAAGAGACAGUGCUGGCGUCUGUAAAGAAAGUGGGACUGAAAAAAUUUUUAUCACAUAUUAUGAGAGAUAAAAAGGACUCUGGCAACAAAAUAUAUAUAAAUAGAUAUAUAUGAUAAAUUUGUAUUGUUUAUACAUUUCAUGUGGUGUCUUAUAAUUUUUUUGCUCUCUGCAAAAAGAAGAAAAAAAUAUGUAAUAAAUUAAAUUUGCUAAAGACAGGUCACUGAUGACACCACAGCACUGGUAUGACAUUUUAAUUGUGCAAACAACUGUAAUAUUGAAAAUGUGUGAGUUAUGAGAAGGACAGUGAAGUUUUCUUGUCUGAGUAAAGCGACUGAUUGUAGUGCAUGCCAUGCCAUCUUUCGCUUCGAUAUAAGAUGUUCGACGAACGAUGCUUGAACACGUCCACCACGCCAAUCCGAUCAUCAGACCCCUCACAGCGACAACAAGGGACCACGCUCCCAAAUCUCUAUUUCUGUUUCUUUGCAGCCAGUUGCUGAUUGGAACUUUUUGAACCGUAUGUAUGUUGGUCCAUUUGCUCUCGUCUUUUUAUACAGCUGUCUGGUGCAGACUGGCACAGUGCUAUGAUACUGUUAAAAGAUGUCUAUACAAAAAUAAAUCUAAUGUGAAAAGUGUGAAAAAUCUGUUGUCACAGUCAGCUGUGUCAAACAACAAAUUUGUUUACAUAUUUUAUUACAUGAUAUAGCGGUUGUACUUUGUAGGUAGAUGAUGUACAUAAAAACCUAAGUUGUAUUUUUUUUAGUAAUUCUAUUGUACAGAGAGAUCAUUUGAUUUAUCAGUGUAUUUCAUGAAGAAAAUACGACACUGUCAACUCAUGUGAAAGAAAGACUUUGGCGUGUCAAAAAUAUACACACGUUUUGUAAGGUAAAGCAGAGAAUAUUGUUAGAUUAGAGGUCUAAUCUUUCUCGCAGAUGUUUCGCAUGGAUAUUUGACUACUUGAAGCUGUAAAAAUACAAGACACACCUCUUAAUUGUAUCAAGGUUUCCUUGUUAUCAGUUGUUCUAUUUAUAGAAGAAUCAAAGAAAUAUGUAAUAAAGACAGACUAAUAUGGAUACACACAUAUGCAGCUCAGAUAAUUUACACGGUGUGAUUAUUACCGUAAUGUCUUAAUACGAGUGGCCUGGACUGCAGUAAACCCUGUUGCGUUGACGCACUUUUGUUUGGCAUUUUUGUUCUUAUUCAUGUAUAUUUUUGAAUUUUUUCCCAUUUUUAUAUAUGUUUGUUUAUCACUGUACCAUAAAUAUGAUGUGGAGAUGUGGCCAUGUUAUUUUUUUAUAAUUAUUUUCUAAUCAACGUCAUGUGCUGUUUUAUUAUUUUCAUUUAUGACAUCAUAGUCAUGUGGCUUCGCUUCAAAAAAUAUUUGACAAUGGUGUAUAAUAAAACAUUCCAUGGAGGUUGAUCAUAUAUCAGUGGUCUUAAUUAGCGGUCAUAUCUAAGCUCUGGCCAUCUGCGGUAUUUCAGUAUGUGUCGGUGUGAUACAUAUUUUUCUAGAAUCCAUCAUGCUGAAAAGCAUAAGCACUUUAAUUUCCUGUUCUGUUACCUCUAUAAAAUGUUUGAGAGACUGUAAUAUGUUAUGCUUAGCAUGCUUUGGAUUAAAUUGAUUAAAUGCCUUGCUCUGUGUUGUAGGACAGGAAGGGUGCAGUCCACAUUUGUUUUGAAGAAUCUAAAAGAUGUUACAGCCAAUCAGAGCAAUCACAGUAACAAUAAAUCAAUAUCCACCAUUGUUCCCAAUCAAAAAUCACAAAAAUGAAAUGCACGUUAAAUAUUUUGCAAACCACUUAGCUUUAAAUGAAUUCAAACCCACUAUCCACAUAAACCUAUUAACAAAGCAAUACAGCAAGCAAAAUUAUUAUUUUGUUUCCAUGCCGACAUAAUGCCAGUAAUCAGAAGCUGUGAACUCGGCUGGGUUUUAAUCACUUCAUUAGACAUGGUGAUUAAAAUAUGACUUACUAUAACAAAAAUCAAGAGGGUUUUUAAUAUGCUAUUGUUCAAGGACAAAUGCAAAGUGUAUAUGCAUGCUCUAACCAUGACCAGGAACAAUGACCCUUAACCUAUUACAAUGGUUUACAAAAACAUUGUUUGCUCUUCGCCUCUUUAAAGAUUGAUAUGGUUCAAUUUUUGCGUUACUUUUGGGUUACAUUUUUCUCACAGCCACUUUCUCUUCUGCUAUGCUAUACAUUCCAUACAAAUAAGCCAUGCAUUGCAUACAAGAAACAUUACAGGUCAUGGUAGCUACUGUACAACACUCGUGUCAAAACAACACAGUAAACAAACAGAUAUUUAGAAAGUAGGUUUUCACAUCAUAUUUAUAAUAAAGAAUCAAUAACAUGAAUAUGCAUGAUAUGUAUUCCAAUGAAUGAUGAAGAAUAACCACUGUCUAAAGCUGCAAAGUUCAACACUUGGACCUGCAUCAUAUAUUUCAUCAUGUACUAUGCCCAUCGACAAUGUCAGAGUCAACUUGUUUUUCAAAAGUCAGGAUAAAAUUCAGUGGGGAAUGCCAGCCUAACAUUUUCAAGGAGUAAGUCUGAUGAAUAAAUAUUUUUCGCUCAUGUCAGUGCACGCUUGUUUUGAGUUGAUCCAUGGUGCGUACAGAUGCCACAACUUCAAAGGCGGCAUGUUGAUACAACUUGAAUGGAAUAGUUUUUAAUGCUACCAAAAUGUCAUAAAAGCGGUUUGUUUCAUGAAUCAAAAAACACGAAACAUGCCUGCGUGUUAGCGAGUUGAUUGACAGGUGAUGUCUGUAUCUAAAAUGGUAUAGGCUCUUUUACCUGCAAGGUGGGACUUCCUUUCUAAAUCCAUUGGACUGUUGGGUGCUAAAGCUUCUUGGUUGGACGUUCCCAUUCCUCCCAUUCAUUUAAAUAGAAGUGACUCAUCUUACUCUGCUAAAUAGUCUCUGGCCUCACACUCGAUAGAAAUACAAUGCCCAUCAUGCACUACGUCUCCUCCACAAAGUUUGCACUCGUUUACUCCUGAUUUCUUACAAUACACGGACAGUAGAGGUGUACAAAAGCAGCAUUUAAUGCUGUCGAGAAGACUCAGGCAAAAAUUACCUUUCACAUGUGUUAUUUACAGAAGUUUCUUCAUAUGUCAUUGGACAAUAUUCAUCGCACAUUGAGACACUGAGCUGUUGCUUCAUCCAGUAAAAAGAAUAAGGGGAUUUAAUAACAUGUAUUUUAAGUUAUUUCUACCACAAUAAGGGUCAAUAUUCACAAGCCAUAGACCAGCACUGGCAUGGCAAGGUCCCCGUUUCUGACUGUAUUAUACUUAAUUAUUUUGAUUAAUUUUGCUAGAUAAAGUAUUGCCCUCUGUGAUAUUAUUAUUAAGUUAAAAUAUUAUGACAACUGAUGAUACUCCAGCUUUCACAGCAAAUGCAGAAGUGAACAAUAAUAUACUUCUUAACAUUGUGACUCUUAAUUUGAACAUACAGUUUGUCUAAUAGUGGUCAAUGUUGAUGUAUUGCAUUUAUGCAGUAUAAUAUAAUUUUUACUUUCAGUAAAAUUUACAUCAACAAAAAUCAUGUCCUGUUUCUGAGAGAUCUGUCAUGUGCAUGUGCAGAGGUCUGCCAAACUGAAGAGAGCACUGAUGAUGGACAAAUUGCUUAUGAGAAGUGAACUUUUCAUUCUCCUUUUUUUCUUUAAUGUGCAAAAAAGGACAGUUAAAAAUUAUGCAGAAAUUUGACCAAAAAAAUAUCGAUUAAAUUGUGUUAACACUUUACAAUAAGGUUUCACCUGUUAAUAUGCAUUAAUGUAUUAGGUAUCGUGAGCAAACCAUUAACAAUAUAUAUUUUUUAC